GGAACAUCCGUUCUAAUGGCGUCAGGACCCAAGCACUGUUGUCACAUUUUGUCCUACAGUGUUUCAAUAUUUUGCUUUGUUUAUGUUGCUCAAGUUCCACGAAAAGGAGACCAGAAAUCCAUUCGGACUUGCAAAGGCGCAAAUAAGUAAUCCUUACAAAUGGGAAGGAAGUAAUUAAAAAUAAAAUUGUCUCCCGUUGGUAGCCGAAGGAAAUAACUAUGGAAGAAGCCCAGGCAGUGCUGCUGGAGGAAAUGGAAGGUGCACAAUAUAUCACCAUUCAAAGGGCUGAUGGAGAGCCACUAAGUAAGAGUGUUCCUCUCCUAACAUUAAAUGGAGAGUUAAUCUCUGAGGGAAUGGUUGUUGAUAUGAUCAAUGCUGGUGUUGGUACUGAUUAUGGUACAGCAACGCAAUAUUAUGAAGCAGAUGACUUGUUACAGCAUGAAUUAACAGAGGAGGAUCGCAGGCUAGCCGCGGCUUUGGUUGCCGUUCAACUACAGCAACAACAGAAACAACAGCAGCUUCAUAAUCAAUCUCAACACGAAGAUCCAACUCUACCAGAUGUUUCACAUUUAGAAACAUUAACACCUGUUAAUACUUAUUCUAUUCAAACUGUACCAGAAUCGAAUGCUCCGCCCGUGUAUCCGACCUUGCAACCGUUCAAAAGACUCGCGCAUAACGUAAAGCAGGAAUUCAUAAACGUUAAAAGCGAGUACGAUAUCGAAGUGUCGGCUGAAAGCGGCGAAGAAGCAACACCGAGUUCUGGACCAAAGAGAUCUUUACCUCACAAAAAGAGGAUUCCUCGUAAACUUAAACAACAAACUAAAAGAAGCUCUUCGCGGAAGGAUGGCAAUAGACUGAACUCAGAUGCCAUAAAUAUAGAAUCGUCCGGAGAUAUGCAAACCCACGUAUUCAAAUGCGAACUGUGUAACUCUAGAUUUAGUAGUCAAUUAAAAUUUUUCGAGCACCUUAAGGUGCACUACGAACCUGUGAAACAGGAAACGAGAAUAGCACAAGCAACAAAUACUAAUAUCACAAUAUCUGUACCGCAAACUGUUCAAAGUCUCGAGAACACUGUAAUCGAAGAAUUCAGUGAGCCCGAGGAUCUCAUGGAAGGCAUCAGAGGCGUCGUGGAGGAAACUGGUGCUCAUAUAGACGAUGAAACAGAAUCCCCGCUAUCUACCGUAAAUAAUCAAUCGCCUGUAUGGACUAUUACCGAUGUUACGGAUCACGUGCAUAGGGACCACGUUAAACCGCCGACCGUUAAUGAGCAAGACUUGUAUAAAAAAGAAAAAACCGACAUUCCACAAACAACGAAAAAAAAGAAAAUACUGAAAGCGCGAAAAUCAAAUGAAUUGUCGUGUCCUCAAUGCGAUCGGUCAUUCCACCAUAAAAAUAGUUUAGUGUACCACAUGCGAUCUCACAGUGGAGAACGACCGCAUCAGUGCGAAGUUUGUGGAAAAAGUUUCUUCGCGGCUAGUGCUUUAAAGGUUCACAAGCGCCUUCAUAGCGGCGACAAGCCGUACAAGUGUGAAGAAUGCGGUCGCCAUUUUCGUCAAUGGGGGGACUUGAAAUACCAUUCGACGAGCAUCCAUUCGGAACAAAAACAAUAUCAAUGCGAAUAUUGUGGUAAAGACUUCGCGCGUAAAUACUCUUUGAUCGUUCACAGAAGAAUCCAUACCGGGGAAAAGAAUUACCGGUGCGAAUACUGCAACAAAACGUUUCGAGCGAGCAGUUACUUACAAAAUCAUCGCCGUAUACAUACCGGGGAGAAACCGCAUUCGUGCACAGUGUGUAAAAAAGCAUUUCGAGUGCGGAGCGACAUGAAAAGGCAUAUGCAUACACAUUCUAGAGGAAGAACGGACAGACCUUUGAACAGGGUUAUAUCGAGCAAGAACAUAGAGGAUGAGAACGAUAAAGGAGCACAAGCCAAAACAAUUCAGGAUCUCGUUAGGGAUUUGAAAUUAGAAGUGGAAGCAACAGGAGUCGUGGAAAUUGUUCCGCCUGACGAUAAUCCCGAAAGCAUUUUGCCACAUGCCGGCGGGCAAACCUUGGAAUAUACUGUGACGACCACGACAGACUCGAACCAAGACAGGGAUCCACUGGAGGCAGUUGUACGUACUACCGACAACAUGCAGUAUUUCUUCAUGUAACGUUUAUUCGGAAAAGAAUUAAAGGUUGUUUUUGUACCGUAACGCGCGAUCCAGCACGCGAGAUAACCUAACGAUGAAACGUGAAAGGUCUAUUGCACAAAGAUAGUGCUCUGGCGAGUAGUGGACCUUCAUUUUAAAUGACUGAUCGAAGUGCUAUGCAUCAACGCACUGCCUAUGUAAUUGUGCAUACUGUACUUUCCAGUUUCUCUGCGAUAUACAUUUAAGGAAACACGAUCACGAUUGAUAUGGCGUUUAAAUAAUAUUCUUAAGACUGUUUUUAGCGAGAAACUUGUGAAAGUACAAAACAGAGAGGAAAUCCUAAAAAUAUAUAUCAGUUUAAUUGCAUAAAGAUAUAUAUAUAAAUCUAUAAAUACAGAAUAUAAUUGAAAUUGGUGGUCGAACUUCAGAAGCGUAUUCUGUUUAUCUCGAGUGCGAACAAAGGUCGUAUAAACAUGGAUUCGGAAACUUUUCCUUACCGAGGUAUAAACAUUUCAAAUGUGAAACUAACAAUUUUCGAAAUUUGGGAAAAUACUUCAAGGUAAACUUGCUCGAUGGUUGAUGAGAAGCGAUUUUAGGUAUAAAAUUGAAAAAAAAUUAUUUCCUACGAAAUAAACGAAAAGUGUUUAUACUCUCAAAGGAAAAAUUAUCUAAUCUAUUUUGUAGGUUUUGUUUUAAUCACAGGUAACAAGAAACGCUCCUAACGUUUAAUUACCUAUUCCAUUUACACCCUGUAUAUAUGUAUGUACAUUUUUAAGUCUAGGUAAGUUAGUCGUUUGUAUCGCGAAUCGUCGUUGAAAAAUAUAUUUUUUACGUGAAGACAUUUAUAGAAA